AUGUCAACACUGGCUCCUGAUAUCCAAGUACCUACAGGGCAGGACAAACCAGAAACUGCCCCCAAAGCCCCCCUACCUGUUCUCCUUGGCUCAGUCUGUGGUUCAGUAGCUGGUCUGAUUGUCCUGAUUGGUGCCAUCACUCUUAUAGUGUGGUGCAAAGGGAAGACCAGACAUCCUCCUUUAGGGCGGAAUCCCUAUGUUGUUGGUAGCAACACUAUUACAUCAAGUUCUAUCAUAGGUACUGAUCAUGAUCAGACAGGACAGGGCCAGUCCCAGGCUAACAUUCAAUCUCUGAAUGCCGGAAAUUUAUCCCGUGGCAAAGUGCUAGCUGCCUUAAAGCCAAAUACUAUGUAUGCGGGUGUGGAAGCAACACCAAGGGACCCAACUUCCACAGAAACAACCACUAUUGUAAUGGCCAGUGUUGAUUAUACAGGACAGGGUCAGUCUCGGGCCGUUAAUGAAUGCAACACACACACUACAGCUACCGUAGUGGCCAGUGGUCAUGAUCAGACAGGGCAGGGUCAUUCUCAGACCAACACUGAAUCCAGCACAAACACCACAGCUACUGUAAUGGCCAGUGGUCAUGAUCAGACAGGGCAGGGUCAGUCUCAGGCCAACACUGAAUCCUUGGAUGCUAGAAAUGCAUCUUACGGCACAGGGCCGACUGACUCGCAGUUAAAUUCUCUGUACAAAACUACUACUAUUAUGACGAGUGGCCAUGAUCAGACAGGACAGGGUCAGUCUCAGACUAUCACUGAAUCAUGGGACGCUAGACAUCUAUUUUAUGGCACAGGGCCUGUUGCAUCACAGCUGAAUUCUCUGUAUAAAACAGGAAUCUAA